CUGCAGCGCCGUGAGUGUGUGCUUGCAUAUAUGCUUUUCGCAUAGCAACGUUUCGCACUAUAUCCUAUUACAUCUGACGUUAGCGUUAUUUACAUGAAACCGAUAUGUGGCGCCUAGUGGACCAGCCUGCUAAUUUAUUGUUAUUAUGCUCUUCUCCCCCAGCAGAAGCUUCAAUCAAGUUUGUAACGUUAUCUCGGUACAAUCGGUCCCAACUCGGCACAGUGCACAAAACGGUGCUGGAACGGCCACUUUUUACACGCUGCAAGGAAGUAAACACAGCAGUAGCAAGCUCGCACACCUUGAGCAAUCUAUUCGCCCAAGUUACAUUUUGUUUGCGUACGGCCGUGUGACAGUUUGCCAAACAAAAACCCCAAAAGCACAUGUCAUUUGCUUGAUAAUAAGCAGCGCUUUCCCUUGUGUUUUUAAUUUCCCUCACCAAGCUAGUGAGCUGGUGGGAAAGGUGAAAUGUGAGAAAACCAUAACAAACCAUCUCACCAUCGCAAAAUGAGUGAAAAGUGAGCGUGAGCGAACGCAUGAAGCCGAUGAGCGCGUUUCGCGUGUACGCGAGCGAGGGAACAAAAACUCGAUCGGGAAUAUUUCAGCACAUUUCAUCCGUCAGUUCACGUUGUACCACUUUUCAAGCAGCACACAGCCAGCCGACGCUGGGGCACUUCACAUUACACACUUUUCUUGCCACUUUGGAAACUUUGGUUUGGCCCAACAAAAAAAAGCAAAAAAGCACAAAAUACUGCCACCACAGCAGUCACGGUCUUUUGCUUUGCGGUUUUGCAUCGAAAAGUGCACGCUUUCAGCAGUCUGAAAACCCGUAUUUUCAACAUACCGUCGGAUAAAAAAAUGCGAUUACGGAAAACCAUGUAAACGAUGCAAUUGCGUGUGAGGUACGCAAAUUUGCUUGCGCAUAGUGCACACCAGCAACAAAACACCAUCACCAAUACUACCGUCAGUGCAGUGUAACGUACCGGUUCCGAUUUGCUACGGUGGAGCCUCACACCAUCAGUCAGCGGCUAAGAUUGCAUGCGUUGUUAAAUGAGUCUCCCAUCACGCAAUGCCCGUACUGGUGUAACGCAUCAAAGAUGAUAGUGAGUUUCUUCCCCGACAGUGUCUGGGGAUGUACAGUGAAGCAGCACCAAAAGCAGAAACACCUCCUGUACCAUAAGAUCAUCUACACCCUCAUUAGCGAUAAGUACAAAAAUCGUAUCCUGCGCCGUUCGUCCUUUGCGCUGCUGUAUCUGUCGUACGUGUUUAUUAAGAUGCUACCGGUGACGCUUGCGAUCGAAACGCACACCGGCACGAAAUCGAUCACCUCGCUCGCGGUGAAAACGCGCCCGCUGCCAGAAAUGGUGGCACCAUCGGUGGACGACGAGGAUGACGAUUAUUUCGAUGACUAUGUGGACGAGUACGAUAUAGUGAACAAUAAGUCGGCGAAGGGCAUGUACGUUGGGGCACCGUGCGAGUUUACGUGCCACGCCAAGCUCCAUCACGUGUACUGUGAUCCUACGACUAACACCUGCAGCUGCGAAAAAGAUUACGUCGUGCUGAUUGGAAUACUGAAAGGAUGUGCCAAGCCCAAAAAACUUGGGGAACAAUGCUUCUACGAUCAGACUUGCAUCUACAACGAUGAGCAUGCGCUGUGCAUGCAGAUCGUCCACAAUGCCAUCUGUCAAUGUGCGCCCGGUUUCCACUCCGUUAGCUAUUCGAAGCCAACGAAACGUGUCUUUUGCACACAAGACAUGGCCACCAUAACUGCGGAUCUUCCGACACUGUUCGGUGUCACGAGCGGCAUUGCCGUGCUGGCGGGGCUCAUUUGCAUGGUGCUGCAUUUAUUUAGCAAAACAAAAUAUCCACGACCUAGGCAUUUCGGUGAUGCGAACCUCGCACCGCCGAUACUCUUUUCCAGUGAUACAGGGAUACCAUUGACAAUACAGUCGGCAAGACCGUCAUCUCGUUCCAGUCAGCGCUCGAGCGGUUCCAUCGGUUCCUAUGGCAAUCGGCGACCGUCCAGUGCGCCGCUGCACGGCUCCAAAGGGGUCCUGGUCUCGACCUCCCGUACAGGUGCGGCCCGAUCUGCCGCCAUAUUGCUUGUAUCAUGUCACAUAUCUGCAAUUAGAAAUAGUAAAUCCACUAGUACCGAUUCCCAGCACCCCAGCAGCUAUCUGAGCGACGACAAUAUGACCAAAUAUCUCGAGCGCCAGCUGGAGCACCAGAAGCAGCUGCUCUACCUGGACAUACCGUCGCUCAGAACGCACAAUAAGUUGUUUUCCAAGUUUUGCAAAGCCACCGCGCUGAUCGGCAGCGGUAAUCACACGUCGAGCGUGAACGUGCACGGCAGGGAUAAUGAUGGGACCGGCAUCGGGAAUGUGGCGGGUAGUAGCAGCACCGCCGGUGGCAGCAAUGGGCAGUAUCACGCACCGUACCAUUACGGUACCUCCACCAACGAUGAUUCGAGCUUCGACGACGAGGACGGACAUGGUUCCCGAAGACCAAGUCUAGCUUCCGUGCACAGUACCAGUUCAUCCGUGCGGAGCUACAGUAUGCGUCGGUUCGAGCAGGAGAUCCAGCAGAAGGAGCUACGGCAGGAGAUGAAGCGGCAUCUGGCCCGGCUGCAGGAGCAGCAGCAGUUGCAAAAGAUCAAACCGAACAUCAUCAUCGGUGAUGUGAUAUCGUGCCCUAUGAACAAACCGAUACUGACAACACCCAGCCCGAUGACACCGAACUCCGUCGACGACAUACUACCGUCGGUGGACGAGACACAGGAGGUAUUCUCGCCAAACCUAAGCCAACGAUCGGUGAGCGAUAGUACGGGCGGAUGUUUCGAUGGACCGUGCAGCUCGACGGAACUGUUGAAAUAGUGGGCGCACUUAGCAAAAACGGCAGUGAUUGUAGGGAAAAUGUUAUAUAGAAAACCAUUUUAUGGAAAUUUUUAGACCAAUAAGCGUAAACCCAAAAAAACCGAACACAGUAAAACCAAAAGCAAAACAAAAAAAAAAUCGUGAGAGGAAAAUUAAAACUUGGUCAAGGAAAUGGUACAGCACAAUGGUGGCCAGGUGGAACUUCAUUACUUACCUCGCCUUGCCGCUAGUAAGACCAAUACGGGGGGAAAAAAGGUAACCUUGGAAAUAUUGGUUCUGCUCGGCGAACCCUUGAAACGAUCUAGUAUCUCGGGUUGCGAUCAUUAACACGAUCGCAAAUCAUCUUUUGAACCUGACUGGAAGAAGAACGUUCAUUUGUUGCACUACAUUACAUUUAGUACAUUUUUACUUCCGUUUUGCAGGGGUUGUUAGUUCGAUUGAGUAAAUGUAUAUGAGCGCACUAACAGGGGCUAUAGAGUGAAUUAAAAAAAAAAAACAGGAAAGCAAUAACAAUUUAAUUUAAAAGUAAACAUUUAGUAAAAACACCCAAGUACACACGCACCAUUUUGAAGAAAGUGGCUAAAUUUAAACCCAAUUACAUCCUUACCGGUUAUGUGAUAAUUAUCGAUAAUUUACACUAGCUCUAGUAGUGUGUCGUUUCCCAAAACAGGAAGUAGCCCCGGAACCAAGAAGUAUAACGGCCUCAGCAAAAGUGUGUGUGUGUGUGUCGAGGAAGAAACAUUGUUGUCAUCAUUCUUAUGAACUACCAAUUAGAACGCUGCCAUUGCGGAAGCAGUAGCGCGCCAACCGUUGUUUUUUUUUAUUGUCUGCAUUACCGGUUCAUAUCGCCAGCGCAUAAAGCUCGUUUUUUGCUCUAUUACCAGCUAGCAGAUAGUUUAAACACAGACCCACUAACAACACACUAUAUCCAGUGGUAUUGUUCUUACUAAUGUUUGCGAAACCAAAAAAAAAAAAAAGAAACAAGUUAAGCAGUAGUAGCGUUAUGACCAGAAAUGCGCAAUGCGAAUGCGAAUAAUGGUUUUUCCUUUUUAUCAAACAUUCAAUCUAUUCAAACGCGUUUUGUAACGACAAUUUCGAUUUGCAUACGAUUCCAACUAAUCUCUAGUUACGGACACACAACAAAGAAGAAAGAAAAACACGCCACUUAAGCAAGCGCAACUUUUCAUUACAAAAUGUUUCAAGAUAGUAUUUUUAUGUAGUGCAGUAACUGGUGCAAAAACCAAACAAAAAAAAAUGACGGUGUUAGUAGCGAAAGACACAAAAGGAAAUGGCUAACAAAACCCGAAAACCCGAAUUAAGCCAAGCAGAGAUGCUGGCGUGUAGUGUACGGAACCGGAGCGUAUAUGAUGUGUGUGUGAGCGUGGAUGAAUCCUGGUAACAAAAAGAAGAAGACACAAAAGAAAACCCAAAAAACCCAGUAACUUUAGCACAUGUUCAUGUUGACUUAAAUGUUGUAUUAAUAUUAAGCAAAGUAAUAAAACAUCAACGGAUUAUUCGUGCUCAGCCUUAGGCAAAUUAUAAAUUCGAAUAAGAUUCUCAGGAUCCGGUUUUCGGCUGGCUGGGUGCGUGUGACGAAUACGUGUGGCGAGAACUAGGCUCUAUAUAUAUACACACACACACACCUACACCCACACUCACACACAUAUAGACAUCUGCUGGCAAAGGAUCACUGGAGGUGAUGGAACAUAUUCCAUCGAUGGAUCGAACGAUACGCUAAGUGAGUGAAUGAAUUGAUUAAGACAUUAUUCUAAAACUACCAAAAUACCAUUACUUUAUACAAGUAGCGUGUAGGCGUACUAUAAGGCGUACUGUUACAUUGAUGCGGCGCGCGUGUGUGAUGAAGAAAAGUGUGGCCAACAGUGUGGCCCAGGCAAUGUAUCGUUUUCCUACGCUGUGCGACAGUAAUCUGGUACACAGCAAAGCAUGUUUCUCAUGUUCCUUUCACUAUCGUGAUGAGGUUUUCCAACUUAUAUUAGGUUAACUGGAAAGUUUUAAGUGUGUUUUCUUAUUUUUAGACUUUUGGUUAGGAGUUCCAGAUCAACUAUGAUGAAUUUGAAGCGAUCGUAAUUAGAUUCGUAAGUGUUAACCUUCUUCAAUACCUGUUUGGUUCUUUUGAUCAGUAACUCAUAAUGAACAACCUGCAGAUCGUUCCACCACCACCAAGAGUAACACUUCGUUCUCAAUUGCAGAAAAGGAUAUUGCUGAAAUAGGCGAUUCCAAGAAUUAUUUAAAUAGGUAUUGCUCCAAAAAAAUCAGUUCAAUUGUGGGAGGAACUGAUGAGUACUGAUAAGUUUUUCCAAAUACUGAUAAGAACACUUUCGUACUUACUUAUCAAGCGCGAGAACCACUUAUUGGUCUUAGUUUGCUGCAGGAGAUCUUCAAAGUGCUCACGGUAGAGUGUCGUCGUCUGCAAAUCCAUUUUCUUGGCCUUUCUAGUGGCCGCAUUAACUCAGUUUUGAGAUGCCUCUUUUGUCCAUAUGAAUAACCCAAAAGACUUUACGGACUGGGUUGUUCGGUAUUAUUCGAAUGACAUGAUCAGGUCACCUGGUCUAGUGAGUCUAAGUCCCUGUACGAUCGUGAGCUUAUCGUACUACUAACUGGGCUCCUCCAUUGUCCUUCCAUACGAUCGUAGCCAAAAUUCCUUCUGAACAUCUUCCCAUCGGACGUCCAAUCGUCAAAAAACCACUCCAAAAAUUUAACUGCAAUUUCAAACUGACAGAUAGCAUUGCUCAAUGACGUUAAUUUGACAGCGUCAAUCGAAUACUAACACUAAACGCUUAAAUCUUUCCAGUGCACCUAAUUUUGACCAAAAUAUGUUAUAAAAAAUGUUAAAGCAAAACACACACAAAAAAACAAUUCUUGAUCAUUUCUAUUGAGAUUACUCCUUUAAUCCAUAUGGUUAGUACAUCGGAAUUGAUUAUAGCUGUAUCUAAGUAUGCAAAUCGCACAGCUUACCGGUGAAUGUGCUACGUUACUUGUGCUUGAAUGGUUUUGUUUAAAGAGUGAUAAAACAAACAAACACAAAAAAAACAACUUACGAAAAAUGCAUGAAGCAAAUGUAUUUUUGCUUUCCUUCUAGUACCGAUUCCUUCGCAUCAGAUUCUUCCGUAUGUACAAAAAUGUUAAAUGUUUAGGCGUCGCAUUACCUAACUCUUCCCACUACUUUUGCAUCCACAGCUGUUGUUUCAGCAUGUUGACAAAUUGUAGCAUAUUUUUAAUUAGGAUUAAAAAACAAGACAAAACAAAACAAAAAAUGGAACAAAAGAAAGCAGUUGAUUUAAUUUUAUUUGUUUUGUUUUCGAGAGAAGAUAAAUUAAGGAGGUGAAAGCAAAAAAUCUACAAAAUUUGAAAAGCAACGAUUGUCUUUAAUGUUUUUUUUUAAAUUAGUUCUUAAUGUUUUAUUAACAUCAGGCGUUACGUAAAAAUGGUAGAGCGAUGGAAUCCUGGUGAAGCUAGAUGAUGAUUACCCUCUUUCUAUACACGUCAGAUGCAUUGAUAUUAUACCUUUAAUAUUGAAAAUAGACUGAUAUAUCUAUAGAUGAGGCAAGGAUUGGAAUACCUUAGAUCGGUAAGGAUCGGUGAGCACCAGGGGGGGAAAAAUAAAACUAAUACACGAUGAAAGCAAGCUGCAAAAACGCUACAUGAAAACCUAAAUGUAAAUGAGAACGAAUCAAACAAAACGUGACCGAUGAUGAGCACUGCUACAUAUUGGAACGAUCACGAACGUGGUAAAUGGAGCAUCCGAUAGCCUACAGAAUGCUUUCCUUCCGUUAGGUGAAGCUAACGCGUAACGCAUCGAAUUGCGUAAAAGAUGCGUACACGUGAAAAUGGGAAGUUAAACUAUACACAGUGCCCAUGACAAAACCACGACAAACAGCAAAAAUGCAACGCUACCAGAUUGCUGCCAAUGCUUUCUAAACUGCUUGUGCAAAAGCUCGUUUAAGAGGAAAAAAACGCUUCUGUGUGCCCACGUGUCUUGACGCAUGAGAAAGCAUUGCUUUGCAGUGUUUUUGUUUAAAGGUGCUCCCUUCGUUUACCCAACAAAAAAAAACAAUAUAACAAACCGGGCAAACGUACUAAUCAAACAAAACCACCCCGUUUUGCUGUACGAACACAUGUGCGUAAAACCGGAGCUGAAAUUAAAGGAACAUAAAACAAAACCAAAACCAAAACUGUCACUAAAAGCAAAAGCCCCAAACAAAACAAAAGAGAAAAGCGGGAGAAGAAACUAAAACUCCUCACCAAACAGGAAGCAGCGAUUAAGCGCAGUAAUUGUUGUCGAAAUCGGAUAAAAACGGAAUGAAUAAAAUGAUUUUUUUUGUUUAA